AUGGAGAAAUCUGAAGAUUUGCAUAGUCCCUCUGGGGCAGGCCAACCACGUCACUCUACUUCCUCAUCAGCAAACACUAGUGAUGAAGAAUCUUCAAUAUCGUCACAAUCACGUCCAUCUCAUCCUCCAACAAAUCGCAACAAUCGAGCCAACUCGGACGCCUAUUCUCUUGGCGACAAUGGCUGGGAGAGUAUCAGGACGCCUGCCAAUGGCAUGUCCAUGACGAGAACUAUUUCACGAAGAGAAUCAGCUUUAUCUCGAAUCCGCUCCAGGCCAGUCCCACAAUUCACUCAUCCUCUAGCUCAUGUCAAGACAACAGAGGACCAAAUCGUCGAUUUUGACGGGCUUGAUGAUCCCUAUCGCCCGAUGAAUUGGCCCAUGAAGAAAAAGGUCAUCACUACCAUGCUCUACGGAUUCAUAACGAUGAGCGCAACUUGGGCGUCGUCGUCCUACUCAUCAGGAACACGCCAAGUUGCAGAACACUUCGGUGUUGGCUCUCAAACAGCAACACUUGGAACGACUCUUUUCCUCGUCGGGUUUGGCAUUGGACCUCUUCUCUGGGCUCCUUUGUCAGAGGUCUACGGAAGGAGGCAGGCUGUAUUGAUUCCCAUGUUUAUUGCCUUGUGUUUUAGCUUUGCCUCCGCAGUUGCAAAGGAUCUCCAAACUCUGAUGAUAACUCGUUUCUUCUGCGCUUUUUUUUGUUCCGCGCCUGUGACAAAUACUGGUGGUGUUUUGGGAGAUCUGUAUGCUCCGACUGAGCGAGGUAUCGCCAUGGCUGGAUAUGCUAUGGCUGUAGUUGGCGGUCCUGUCCUUGGUCCCAUCGUGUCAGCUGCUCUCGUUCAAGACCCUAGCUUGGGCUGGCGGUGGACUGAAUAUUUAACUGGGAUUAUACAGAUCGUCUUCUUGACGUUGGGAGUCAUCUUUGUAGACGAGUCUUAUCCACCCAAGCUCCUGAUUUACAAGGCUCGAAGACUACGACAUGAAACUGGAAACUGGGCACUCCACGCCAAGUUCGAAGAGUGGGAUGUCAGUAUAGCAGAGCUUUCUCGAAAGUUUCUUGUAAGACCCAUCCAACUUAUAUGCACGCCCAUCUGUUUUCUCGUUGCUCUGUACGCCAGUUUUUGCUACGGUAUUCUCUACAUGCAACUAGGCGCCAUUCCUAUAAUCUUCAGGGAGAUCAGAGGAUGGGGAACGCUUGUGUCUUCUCUUCCUUUCAUCUGUAUUCUUCUCGGAGCAAUAAUCGGAUGCUCAGCCAACGUUUACAACCAGCUGCUUUACAACAAAGCUUAUCAUGCAGCCGGAAACAGAGCUGUACCUGAGAAGCGCCUUCCACCUAUGAUGAUCGGAUCGGUUAUAUUCAGCGGUGGUCAGUUCAUAAUCGCCUGGACAGGCGGAAACACCAACAUCCACUGGAUUGUUCCUUGCAUUGGUCUAGUCCUUUUAGGAACAGGGUUUUUUACUAUUUUCCAAGCAGCACUCAACUAUCUUGUCGACACAUUCACUAUGUACGCCGCCUCUGCUAUUGUGGCCAACACAUUCCUGCGAUCGAUGUUCGCAGCUGCAUUUCCGUUGGUUGUAGGGCCUUUGUAUCAUAAUUUGGGCGUUGGGCCUGGGUCAAGCAUUACCGGUGGCUUUGCGGCGUUAUUGAUACCGGUUCCCUUUAUUUUUUAUACUUAUGGAAAGAGAAUCAGGGCAAGAUCAAAGUGGUCAAAAGCAUCGGUGUACGACUGA